AUGUAUAUCCUCCUGCUCGCCGCCGCAUCGGUCCGCGGCCAGCGAGAGGCUGUCGUGGUGCCCGUCGGGCCGAAGAACCGCACAGAAGCCGAGCGGCAAUGCGUGCGCCAACGCCUCGAAGCGAUCGUCGACUCCAGCGGCGGCGGCCGUUUGAGCGGCCGUCCCGUCUACGCGCUCUCGAACGAAUCCUGGGUCGCGAGCGCGACGCAGACCUACGGCGUCGUGCAGCAGCAAAACUUCACGUAUUUCGGCUAUCAUACCAGUCCGUGGCGGUCGUUUGCCGGCCAGCGGUCUGGCGUGUCCAAGCCGGCCUUCGUCCGGUGGCUGGCGGAUAGCAAAUAUGUGGCCGCCUGGCACAUUGAGGAAGAUGUGUUCUUCACGGGCCGCUGGCGCGACCUCUUUGCGUCGGCACCGCCCGGGGCAGACCUAGUGGCCCGCUUCUCAAUUGUCAACGGAACGUGGAACCCAUCUCCCGGAAUGGUGAAACAACGGCGCCUGAAAUGUCGCAUCGGCUCCAAAAAGUGCACGAGCGGGCUUGUGACACGCACGGCCUGGUCCGUAUUGCGAAUGACACGGCGAUUCGCGAAGAGGCUGGCAGAGGCCUUCGACGCGAACGCGGCCGAGGGCUACCACGAGGCUCUGACUGCACAAUUCUGCUAUUCCCUCGGGGACUCGGAUUGCAAGUGGGCCGAUUUGCCAGAAUCGGCCAUCGGAACGCUAGGCUUCGGUGGCGAGCGCCUGUGUGGAAAUCCGUCGAUGGCAUGGAGGCCAUGAUUCAGCCGUGGCGGAGACGCGCUGUGACCAUUUGAUUUCUACACAGGCGAGCGCGUGCCCGCGUCGAUGGCGAACGAGAAGGGCUGGCGCCGACGGCCGAAGGACACCGAGUAUACUCUCGACUUUGCCGCGACGCUUGGCGGCAAGCUUGUGGCAGGCAAGAAACUCUACCACCCGGUAAAAUGCGCCGCCGACGCGAAGCUAGGUGCCCUCGCCCGCGGCAUGGCCCAGGGGCACAAUUCCAUGGAGAUGUCCACGCCGCGGCAGGACAUGCUGGUCGGGGCGCUCGAGGGCUUCUUGGAGGACUUACCGAGUAGCUAGUAA